UGUAGCUAACCUAGCUGGCUGCUGUCUAGCCUAUCUAGGCUAUAAUGCCAUUAUCUCAAUUUAGCCACAUUAAUUAAAGCUGGCUGUGCAUUGCAAACGUUUUUUUCUCAAUUCGAGAAAGUAUGUCAAAGACAAAGACUGCUGGGUACAAAGGGCCCUAUGGCUAUCAGAAGAGAAAAGAGGGAGAAGGGAGAAGUUGUGUACGUUACAAAUGUGGCCUUACAAACACCAUCCAGGACGUCCUUCGACAAAGACCGAGUUGGGUUGAAGUCAAAGACGAUGGAGAAUGGGAUUUUAACUGGUGUGACGUUGGGUGGCUGAGAGAAAAUUUGUCAUUAAAUACAUUUCAAAUAUGUCAUUUUCGCAACCAUUAUGAGCUAACUCGUAAAAACCUCAUGGUAAAGAACCUGAAAAGGUAUCGCAAAACACUGGAAAGAGAAGCUGGUCGUAUGGAAGCAGCCAAAUGUGACUUUUUCCCCCGCACCUUUGAACUGCCCAGUGAAUACCACCUCUUUGUAGAGGAGUUCAAAAGAAGCCCUGGCAGCACCUGGAUCAUGAAACCGGUAGCAAGAUCCCAGGGGAAGGGCAUUUUCCUGUUUCGAAAGCUAAAAGACAUCAUGGACUGGAAAAAGGAUGGGAGCCGUUCGGAGGAACAGAAAGAUGAGACCCAAGUAGAGAGCUAUGUUGCACAGCGCUACAUAGAAAAUCCCUACCUAAUUAGUGGCAGAAAAUUUGAUUUGAGAGUGUACGUGUUGGUGACAUCAUACAUCCCACUCAAGGCCUGGUUAUAUCGAGAUGGCUUUGCUCGUUUCUCCAGCACCAGAUUCUCUCUCAGCAGUAUUGAUGACCAGUAUGUGCAUCUCACCAACGUCGCUGUUCAGAAAACAGCACCAGAUUACGACCCUGAGAAGGGCUGUAAGUGGCAGAUCCAGCAGCUGCGGAGGUACCUGACAGCCAAGCACGGAGCGGACACGGUGGAGACUCUGUUCAAGGACGUCGACAACAUCUUCGUCCGCAGCCUGCAGAGCGUUCAGAAGGUCAUCAUCAACGACAAGCACUGCUUCGAGCUCUACGGCUACGACAUCCUGUUGGACCAGGACCUCAAACCGUGGCUGAUCGAGGUGAACGCCUCCCCCUCUCUCACGGCCAGCAGUCAGGAGGAUUACGAGAUGAAGUGUUGUCUACUGGAAGACACCCUACACAUAGUGGACAUGGAGAGCAGAUUGACAGGCAGAGAGAAGAGGGUUGGUGGCUAUGACCUCAUGUGGAACGAUGGGCCGGUCUACAGGGAGGAUGUAAACCUGGAGUCACUUGGCAGCUCCUCUUUCAGUGCCAACACACACUUGGGGUGCGUGAAUGACAGAACGAAACAACUCCGUCAGCUUUUGAAGCCCUUUCCAGGCCAGAAGAGGAUAUGAUAGGAAGCCAGUAUUCCUUUUGUGUGACUGACAUU